AUGCUGGGCAACGGAAAAUCGCGCAGCCUAAAAACGACGGAAAUCAUGGAAGUCGCAGGCAACAAUAUCGCUGACCUUGUCGAGAAAAACACACUUCGCAAAGACGACUAUGAAGUAAACCGACCCGACACAGAUGACGAAUUUGACCUCCUGCAGUUCAACAACAAACCGGAAACCGCGAAGUACAGAGGCUUUCAAAUGCCUGCCGGCUUCAUGGCAGUCGCGUCUGGUUUGGACAAGUGGGGCUAUCAGGAACGCAAGAACAAGAUUGCCUACACCCAUCUGGACGUCUCCGCUAGCGUUGGCGUGAAGCACAUGGAAUGCACUGGAACGCCGACCAGUCUCUUUAUUAGCCGAUACAUUCUACCGAAAGUGAACUCGACCAAGUUCCCUCUUGAAGAGAACCCUGCCAAAUACUAA